UUCAGUGUGGGGGUACGAGUACGGGCCGGGCCGGCGACUGCCACUGUUGUUUGUCUCGCAACGAUCGCGAGCAGAGCAGCAGCUAUGGCGGGGAUCCGAGGAUAUUGGACCCUUGCGGCGGCGGCGAUUGCCUUCCGCCUCCUUCUCCUCUUAUGUUUCCCUAAGGAUCUCCACCUUGGCUCUCGCCCUGAGGUCGCCACCCCUCUCACCAGCCUCCGCCGCCUGGCGGAAGGUUACUGGCUCAAGCAGGCGUCCAUGUCGCCCUACUCAGGUUCAAUGUACCAUGGUUCCCCUCUGCUAUUAUCAUUUCUUGGGCAGUUGACUAUUAGAAGAGUUGAAGGACGACCCCCUCACUUUUAUUGCAGUUUGAUGUUUGUGGUUGUAGAUUUUAUUACUGCCAUACUUAUCCGUGCAACUGGUCAGAAGCUUCUGUUGUCACGCCACAAGAGCUUUCAGGUUCUGAACCUCUCGAAGCUGGUAGAAGCUUCAGGAACUGUGAACCCUGGAGAUUUUGCUUCUCUUGUAUAUCUUUGGAAUCCACUAACGAUAGUCACUUGCAUGGGAUCGUCUACAUCACCAGUUGAUAAUUUAAUGGUUGUCAUGGCAAUCUAUGGAGCUUGUUCACGAAUAGCACCAUUGGCAGCCUUUGGAUGGGUUUUUGCAACACACUUAUCUCUUUAUCCAAUCAUCCUGAUUGUGCCGGUCAUUCUUUUAUUAGGAUAUGGUCUGGAUGCUCCUCCUUCAAAGUUGUUCCUACAUAAAACUUCUGAUGCAAGCAGUAGUGGUGCUCUAAAUCAGAGUCCUGACAAAUCUGGAGCAUCAAAGCUGACAGAUAAUACAAUUCAUACUUUCUCAUGGGUUCAAGUUCUUCACUUUGUAUUGUGGGUAUUCAUAUGGUUGUGCUAUGUCUUAUUGUUGAGUAGUAUAUCACUCGAGGAUGUUGGGGGCCUGUCAGAAAUGUUCAGGAAAACGUAUGGAUUUAUUCUUACUGUUGAAGAUCUUUCACCAAAUAUAGGUGUUUUAUGGUAUUUCUUUGCAGAAGUCUUUGACUUUUUCAGGAACUUCUUUCUGAUAGUUUUUCAUGUCAAUAUACUCUUCAUGAUUUUGCCACUGGCAAUACGUUUGAAACAUCGGUCGUGCUUCCUUGCGUUUGUGUAUAUUGCUAUCUCUUCAAUGCUAAAGUCUUAUCCCUCGGUGGGUGACUCAGCUCUUUACUUGGGUCUUUUAGCACUUUUUUGCAAUGAGUUAGCAGAUAUGCAUUUCUCUUUCUUUCUGUUUUGUGGAUACAUUGGGGUCUCUCUUCUCAGCCCUGUUAUGCACAACCUGUGGAUUUGGAGGGGUACUGGAAAUGCUAAUUUCUACUUUGCCACUGGUCUUGCUUAUGCAUGCUUGCAGACUGUCUUGGUUGUCGAGAGUGUGAGCUCCAUGCUGAAGCAUGACAGGAUGCUUAGGAAGUUGGUCAAAGCUUAAAAUUUAAUCUAGCGUUAUUUACUGGUCUGUCAUGGUUCACUGGUUGGUCAUCUAUGGUGGUUGCAUUGCCCUCAUAUUUGGGAAGCGAAUCCUGUUUUUGUUCGGCCCUCAAACUUGAUGAACAACCUCAUUUACUACAAGAUGUAAAAUUAUACUCAGUUGCAGUCUCCACCAUGUAGUAGGAAAUUUUUGUUGGUCUCCGAAAGAAAUGUUUUGUAGAAUUGUUGAUGAUUAUUUCUUUUUACGAUUUAGGCAUUUGAAUACCAAGGAGAUUGACGG